GUCUGUAUAACUGACUGUUUCUUAAACAUGAUUUUUUCCUCUUUUAUUUUAGCCAUUUGUGUACAUUUUCCCUUCCCUCCACAUAUUCCCAAUUUCCCUUCCCCAAAUUCUGAGUUUCCCUCCCCUUGUAGACCUAAGUGUUUCCGUCUCCCUCCUAAAUCUCCAAAAUUUGGAAUCGAUUUUCCUAAAACUCAAAAACCCAUUCGAACCUAACUACAAAAUUCAAAAGCUCGACUCUAAUCCAUCAACGACAGGAGGUCAGUAGGAGGUUUCCAAUGGAGGAGAGGCAGUGGCGUGCUGCUUGGCUAAGUGAAAAGGAGGCUUCUGUUGAGGAUCUGGUGGCAAAGAGGUAGUGGCAUUACUGAGAGAAGAAGAAGGUUGAAGAAUUUGCUCCAAAAAUUCAACAGGUGAUAGACAGGGUUAAAACCCAAGGUUAUACUAAGGCAGAAAAGAGAAGAAAAUGGUUAGGGUCAUGUUGCAGUUGAAGAAAAUUGAGAACAAAGCAUACAAACACAUAAGCUUUGCCAAAAGGAGAAGUAGCCUUGUCAAGAAAGCCUAUCAACUUUCAACUCUAUGUGAUGUGGAGGGUAGAAGAGGUUCUGUCACAUUUUAUCCAAAUCCCUGCAAAGAAGCACUAAUGUUAAGGCAGAUCAUUUCUCAGCUGAACUUGGAAGCUAGUGUCUACCAUCAUAACACAACUUCCUCAGGUUGUGGUCGAACCAUUGGAAUUGUGAGUGCUGAUUCUAAAUUGGAGGAUGUUCAGAACCAAAUCCUUAUUUGCAAUUCCCAGUUGCACGAUGUGGAGAGGGAACUAUAGUAUGGACUUAUAUAUACUUCCAUAUCAGAAUAAUAAGUUUUCCUGAUAUUACAAUCUUAAACUUGUCCUAAUGUAAAUAUCCUUUUGAAGGCUAACAACCUCUGCAAUAAUUGAAAGAGUUCCAAGCAAAUGGCCACGUCGUGUAUGGCAUCCUCCAUGGAAGAACUGCAGGGUAAGAAGCUUGUACUUUAUGAUAGGGUGGAUGGUAAAAGAAUUGUUUGGGUAUUUUCUAAGUGUGAUAGUCAUAGCUAGUUGAAUAAUAAGUUUUGUUGAUCUUUUCUUUUUCUUCUUCUUUUUUAAAUGUCUUGGAGCUAAUAUAAGUAACAUAGAAUU